AGAGAGACACAGAAUCUGAAGCAGCUCCAGCCUCUAAGCUGUCAGCAUAGAGCCUGACACGGGGCUUGAACCCAUGAACCGUGAGGUCAUGACCUGAGCUGAAGUCAGACGCUUAACUGACUGAGCCACCCAGGCACCCCUGAACAUAUUUCUAUAAUAGAAAAAUGAAUAAAUAGAAUGUUCCUUAACAUGUUGCGUGUAUAGACAGAGCCCAUUUUGUAAAGCUGUUUAAUUCUUCCUCUCAAAAGAGGAUUAUUGGUUUCCUGCCUUUAAUCCAGUCUUAAACAGUUUGACCUUUCUGAUGGCUUUUUUGGAAUGUUCUGAGGAAAAAAAAAUAACAAAACUCACACAACCUCAAGGAAUUCUAAGUAUCGAAGUUCACCUCUAUGAAGGUAAUUGGUUCAGAAACUGAGUAUUAUUUGCUAUACUUCAGUGCAUGGUAAUAGGUCAUUGUUCAUGCAUCUAACUCUGGGAUAGCUUGAGUUUGUUUGCCCACGUAGUAAUUAUGACAAGGGAGGAACAUUACCCAGGAGGGGACUCUUUAGAGGGGAAGGUGGCCUGCAGCUGACCCUGUGGAAGCCGUUCUUCUCCUCCUCCAGUCUUCCUGCAAGAUGGCUCUGUGUCUGCUGAGACCUUUUUCCCACCUUGAGAAUCCUAGGUGGGACUUUGGCCUGGUUCCUUCAAGGACUCUGGAAACUACUUAGCUUGGAGUGGUGCCGUGUGAGUCUGUUCUUGGCAGCAGGCCUUGGCUUUUUUCCUGCUAGGCCCUGUGCCUCUUAGGAGCAGAGAGCAGGUCAGAUGCAGAUAACACAGGCACGAUGCCGGUCUCUGAAAUGCUCAGCUGAUGUGUAUUUCUCCCUCCCCCUAAGGGUUUAAUGAAGAACACAUUUAUCACGGAGUGUAAUGAGUAAGAAAGAACAUGUGGCUUUUUUUUUCCUUUCUGCUGAAUAGCAGAGAGUAGGAUAAAAAUCUCUCUGUUUACAAGUCAGCUGUAUCUCUUUGUAAGUUGUGUUCAAGUAAUUUUAAGCUUUACUGUUAAGCUAAACUUCUAAACAGUUUCAUUUGCAAAGUCUUUCUUGGAGGUCCAAGAGAAGCUUUUGUGAGGAUUUGAGGUCUGAGAUGAGAAUUGUGAGUUAAGUCAAGGUAGAGUUGUGUGUGUGUGUGUGUGUGUGUGUGUGUGUGUGUGUGUGUGUGUGUGUGUGUGGUUUGCAUGCACAUUGUGUGCAUGAAUGCAUGUGCUUGCUUGGGCAGGGACAGGAGUGUUGAGGAACAGAGGAAGAGUCUUUGCCAGCAGAGGAAACACCAUAUUCGAAGGCUGGAAGACUCCUGCAAAUUUUGACGGAUAAUGAAUCCUUGCAAAGGUUUUACAAGAGCUGUGACCAGCCCUGUUUGCUGAGAAAAGAGAAAGUCCUUCAGCGCCCAUCAUACCUCUUCAGCCUCUCUUAACAAGUGUUCAGAUGCUCCGCCAGAGGAAGUGGUGUGUUCCAAGUACAGCUGUGAUGGAAAUGGAGUUCUUUUAGUGCAGCUGAAGCAGUUCCUCCACACAGACUGUCCCAUUUUAACAGUAAACUGUCUGUUUAAAACGAAACAAAACAAGCUGGCGGGAGUUGGAAGGAGAAGGAGUUUAUGUCAGAAAAUGAAAAUGAGUUGCUGUAGAAGGCCUGUCUUGGUUACGGUUUCAGAGUUAUUAAGAGGACUCAAUUGCUAGUUUGUUUUAUCUCUGUGCAUGUUUUUGUGGACUUUAAUUCUCCAGAAAACGUUAAGGAUAAAACAGCAGUCAUGUUUUUAUUAGGGAACACACUCCUGUUUUUGGAAAUGACUGCCUUGCAGCUGACAGGCCAUGCCAUUUCUCACUGGUGUUUGCCAAGGAGCUAGGGAGACUCAGAGCAUCUUCCCUGGUCUUCUUUCCCUCUUCCUUUUGGCAAGUCAGGCUUUGAACAUAAUCAGAGUGUGAUUAAGGCUCUAUUACAGCAGGUAGAGGGUCUGACUUGAAGUCUAAGAAGUGGUAUUUUGAUUGUGUUUCCAACUGACUAUAGCUAAGAAGCAAAGGUUAGGAGGUUGUGAUAUAGUUGAAGGUGACACUGCUUUUAGUUUUUGUUAAGCUCAGUUGUGAGUCUUGAGCUAUGUUAACUGCUUUACAGACACGGGUCCAUUGAAUUGUCACAGAAAUCCUCAUGUUUAGGUAGGUUUGAUCAGCCUCAGUGUACAGAUGGGGAAGCUGAGGUUGAGUGAGAUAACUAGUUUACAGUUAAACCCAGCAUUUGGCGUGGCCACUAUUGGAACUGAGGUCCCUCUGUCUCCAAAGCUUUUGCGGGUAACCACUGACUGUUGCGUUAUAGUCUCUCUCUCAAAGUAGCCUUUUCUUCCUGCCUUCAUCACUUCUUGUCUGUCCCCUCUUUUAAGACGCUUUAAACAAAAUGUAAUCAGAAAUCUACCUCUUGAAUUGACCCUCGUCUCCUUAUGUCCCAUUAGGCAGUGCCUUAUAUUCAUGCAAAUAUUAGCUGUUUUGAGGGGAGAAAGUAAAUAGCGAUUCUAUUUUAGCUCCCCUUGAUUCUAAGAGAAUUUGUGUUGUGUUAUUAAUUCUGUCUGUUCCAGGAUCCUACUAAAGUGACCAGAAAUGUGUAACACAGUUAUAGUCCUAGACGUAUUCUCAGGGAUACCCUUGGGUGCAGUAGCCUGAAGCCAGGCUAACCAGCCAGAAAGACUCAUAGACCCAGCUUAGCCACUGACUUUCUGAGACCUUGGGGAAGUCACUUUACCUCUCUGGGCAUCACUGCUUUCAUCACUGUGGUGUUUGACCCAGGUCACUUCCCAGUCUAGAAUGCACAACCUUUAUCAGGGCACUAAAUAGGUCACAUGUGGCAUGUCCUUGUAUGCCCAUUUGUUUACAGAAGGGAUGCUUAAUGAAAUAGAAAUUCAUUAAAAAGCAUUAUUAAAUUCUUACAUUUUGUGUUUCUUCAAUUAAUGAAUACCUGCUAAAAUUCAGUAUGUUAUCAAAUGGGGACUUCCUUAUUUCUUUUUAUUAUUAUUAUUGUUUUUAUUUUUAUUUUGAGAGACAGAUAACGAGCAGGGGAGGGGUGGAGAGAAAGGGAGAGAGAGAGAAUCCCAAGCAGGCUCCACACUGUCAGCGCAAAGUCCAACGUAGGGCUCAAACUCACAGACCAUGAGAUUGUGACCUGAGCCCAAACUGAGAGUUGGCUGCUUAACUGACUGGGCCCCCUAGGCACCUGAAUCCUUCUUUCUUUUUAAUUAAAAGAGGGCCUCAUGCUAAAAGUUAGACAUUAUUGGUUUUCAUGAACUUAAAAAAAAAUUUUUUUUUAACAUUUAUUUGUUUUUGAGAGACAGAGCACAAGCGGGGGAGGGGCAGAGAGAGAGAGAGAGAGAGAGACAGAAUCCAAAGCAGGCUCCAGGCUCUGAGCUGUCAGCAUGGAGCCUGGCGCAGGGCUUGAACCCACAAGCUGUGAGAUCAUGACCCGAGCUGAAGUUGGAUGCUUAAGUGACUGAACCACCCAAGCACCCCAGUUUUUACAAACUUUUAAAGUCUUUUCCCAAUUAGAAUAUUCGCUAAGCCUACAAAAUGAGUCUAAAUACUUGAUUACCAAAAUUCUGGCUUUUGGUACUCUUUCAUUAUCUUAUUUUUUCCUCUUCUCCAUGAGCAUUUGUAGUUACAAUAAAAGGGGGAAAAAUCGUGAAGAAAUGAAUUGACCUCUAAAAGAACCAAUCGCCCAUAAUCUGUCCCUGAACCCCGAAUGCCAUGCUGUCACAUCUGUAAGUAUGGUUGGUCCGUGGUCACCCAGUCAUCUUUCCCCUCCGCCUCCCUCUGUCCUGUGAAACCCUGCACACCUCACCUUCCUUUCAGACCACAGGCCCCUCUGGCCUGCCCUCAUUCCUCACCCAGCCUUGUUAUAUGGGAACCCCUCACUGCUUCUGUUCCUGUUCUUGUCUUUCUUCCACUUCCUUCUGGGAACGUGUCGGCUGUCUGCUGUCUCUUAAGCUUCUGUGUUCCACUUGAAUGAAUUAAAAUUCUGUCUGAAAUGUUACCGUUUAUAUAGAUUACAUAAUGUUAUGUAGGUAUUACAGUGGACCUCAAUAUCUGAAGUUUUUUCAUUGCUGCCCAUCAGUGCAUUUAUUGAGUUUCCUUCUUUGUCCCUUUGGUAGCAGUUCCAGACUGUCUCCACGGAAGGCUGCAACGCUGGCAAACAUUUAUCAGGAACUUACCAUGCUAGAGAAAAUGUGCUAAGGACUUUACAUGCAUUGUGUCAUCCCCAUUCUUGCCGUGAGACCUAACUUUUCCUCCCUCCAUCCCGUCCAGCAAGUACUCGCUGAGCCUCAGCCGUGUCCACGUACUGGUCCCAAGUCACAGGCUGUAGCUGUGAUGGAGGGAGCCUGGGACUUGGCUCUGGAGAGGCUUCCGCUUCAGAGGGAGAUGCGAGAAGUAAAUAGGCAAACGGCACAUUGUACGAGAAGUGCUCCAGAGGGGAGAUGUUUGGUAUGUGACAGAUGCACCCACUGCAGGAUCAGGGGUGAGGAUGAGGACAGCGUCUUAGAGGAAGUGACAGCUAAGCACCAAUCUAAAGGAUGAGAGAAUGUGAGUUAGGUGAUGAGAUAGGGAAAUGUAAGGGUGUUCUUGGAAGUAGAACACCCGGAUUCUGGAAAGACUCAGGGAACUGAGAGGGGCCAGUACGAAUAGAGCCAUCGUUCUCAGAGAAAUUAGUGGCCUUCAGGUGUGAACCCCAUUCGCUCCAUUUCCUGCCUCCGAAGUGAUUUACACCCUCACUUAUUACCUCAAAUUAGAACCCGCUGGGAUCCUUUAUUGUCCAUGCGUGUUCGGAGGUGAGUUUUGACACCCUCGCCAGUCUCAGUAGGAAGUUUGGGUGCCUGCAGAGGAAAACCUUCUUCAAAAACAUUAUGAGAAGCUUUAUGAUUAUUGUGAUGUAGGGGCAGAGUGUUUCAAGAGGGCUUUUCAAAGACAAUCCCUCCUAAAAUUUGGAACGCAGAAAUGAAGCCGCUGCUUAGCCUGACGGUGUGGAAUAGCAGUUUCGAAAAUGGACGCAUGUCCCUUUUCAGUCAAGACAUUUAGUAAAUCACAUUUUGGCCUCAGCGAAUGUUACGCCCUCAAACACCUCGACUGAGGAAAGCAUGAUGUACCUCGGCUGAAGGGUCUGUAGGGAUGAAGGGUCGGAGCUUCUAGGACACAAAGGUCGGGGAUGAAAUGAUGGACCACACGUGCUCCUGGCCAUUUGCAGAUGUGAAACGGAGAUAAACCCCUUGUGGACGUGGGCCCUCCUGAUGGGCCGUACGGGAUGCUCAUUAGAACAGCCCACAGGUUUCACUGUCCCGUGCAUCGUUUACAAUAAAAGUGGGCACGAGCCAGCUGAGUGGGAAAAUAGUUCAAACUGUUUUUUCAAACCACUUUGAAAGGUGGAAGCUGAUGAUAACUCAACCUGUUUCUCUCUGCAGGUGAGGGGAGUUUACAUCAUCCUGUAGACUGUAGUUUUAAAUCCAGAGGAAUCUUAAUUAUUUUGUAUUUAAUAAAUAUUUAUCACUUGCGGGCAGGGGUGUGGGAAGUAUGGACAGGAGAUGUGCCAACCUGUUAUUAAAUAGUUUGAGGAUCGCUGUUUCCCACGGGUCUGAUUGUGUCUAGCAGAUUAUCUGUAGCGCAGCGGUGCACGUUCGCAUAUGCUAAAGCCACGCUCCUAGAUCUCCCCCCUCAGUCUCUGUCCCUUCUGUUUCUUGCAUCUUAUAGAGUGGGUGCUGUGAUUCUGUUUCACCUUUUUUUCUCCCCAUGAAAUCUUGAAAAGUUCAAUGAGUUAAUAGUGAUAAAACAAAAAUAAAAACACUGUACAUUUCUGGGGGGGAAAAUGUGCAUAUAAAAUGUCAAUCAUCUUCCAAGCUGUUAGUUCCUGAGGCUGAAUACCGGGAGCUGCUUUGGCAGCUAGUAGAGGUAAAAGGGAAUGGCAAGAGAAAGCUGGCCCUGUUCUCCUCCUCUGGCUACAGGAGGUUGAAAGAUGUUGUUUCAGCUGGAGAAUUUAAAAUGGAUUCUUAUUCGCUUUUUGCCGAAGAGACCGGACUGUUUUGAGUGUUGUAAUCUUCUGUAGGCAUGGAGAAAGGUCACCUCCUGAUCUUGUUUUGGGGACCGUGGGGCUAAAGUUGUGGCAGAGUCCUUUAUCUAGACACAGGCUCUUGUCAGAAUAAUGUUUGGCCAGGUGUUAAUCUGUGUCCUGAGGGACCGUGCUGGAAUUCAUUAUUCAUCCGGCGGGAGUUGGGGUGGGAGGAGGAGGUGGGCCUUCUGGGAGGGUGCGGGGCCAGGGCCUGCCUCCCGCCUUUCCUGACAUGUGCCAUUUGUGAGGAAGGCAGCUGAAGCCCAUUUGAGGAAUUCUGUCAGCCAGCCAAGAGAGCAACGCAGAGGGAGCGAGCAGAGGGAGGGAAAAGCAGGCGGCUCAGGAGCCAGUCCUGGAGUGCAGUUUCCGGAAACACAGUGUUGUAGGUGCAGAGGGAAGGUGUACAGGAACGCAAAGGGGAAGGAGGCCAGGUUUGAAGUAGUGCAUUUUCCCGUGUCUCCCCCCUUUGCCCCUCCUGUCUUUGAAUACACGUCGUCCUCUGGAAGCCUCCGUAUCUUGAAAGAAGCCUUUGCCUGAAACACGGCUUUUUCUUCAGUGUUGUACUGUUAGGUUUUUUCUUUUCCCUUUUAUUUUUUUUUCCAUCUUCUCUUCCUCCGAGGGCAGGAGGUGAGACAAUGAUCAAGUCAAGCUGGUUUUAUGUUAAGUUCAAGUAUGCAGAGAAGCUGAAGCCAGGCCAGAACAGCUGCAGGGACAGUGACAGUGAAAGCGCCAGCGGAGAAUCCAAGGGCUUCCACAGGAGCAGCUCCCGGGAAAGGCUCAGUGAUAGUUCAGCUCCUUCCAGCUUGGGAACAGGCUACUUCUGUGACAGCGACAGUGACCAGGAAGAGAAGGCAUCAGAUGCCAGCUCUGAAAAGCUCUUCAAUACUGUUAUUGUAAACAAAGAUCCGGAGUUAGGUGUCGGCACACUGCCCGAACAUGACAGCCAGGAUGCAGGGCCGAUUGUCCCCAAGAUAUCCGGUCUAGAGAGAAGCCAGGAGAAGAGCCAGGACUGUUGCAAAGAGCCCAUCUUUGAGCCCGUGGUGCUUAAAGACCCCUGCCCUCAGGUCCCCCAGCCGCUGCCCCAGCCCCAGGCGGAACCCCAGCCCCGAGCUCCUUCUCCGGACCCCGACCUGGUGCGGCGCACAGAGGCCCCGCCUCAGCCCCCACGUCCAAGCACACAGCCACCACAGGCGCCCCCAGAGGCCCAGCUUCAGCCCGCCCCUCAGCCUCCGGUGCAGAGGCCGCCGAGGCCGCAGUCCCCCACCCAGCUGCUCCACCAGAGUCUCCCGCCUGUGCAGGCCCAUCCCUCAUCCCAGAGCCUCACCCAGCCAUUGUCCGCCUACAACAGCAGUAGCUUAAGCCUCAACAGCUUAAGCAGUAGCAGAAGCAGCACCCCAGCAAAGACUCAGCCCGCCCCGCCUCACAUCUCUCACCACCCUUCGGCCUCCCCGUUCCCCCUCUCACUGCCCAACCACAGCCCCUUGCACAGCUUCACACCCACCCUCCAGCCCCCCGCACACUCACAUCACCCCAAUAUGUUCGCCCCUCCCACGGCUCUGCCUCCGCCACCACCUCUGACUUCAGGGAGUCUGCAGGUCCCCGGACACCCGGCCGGAAGCACUUACUCAGAGCAAGACAUCUUGCGACAGGAACUGAACACACGCUUUCUGGCCUCUCAGAGUGCUGACCGCGGGGCUUCCCUGGGCCCUCCGCCCUACCUGCGGACCGAGUUCCACCAGCACCAGCACCAGCACCAGCACACGCACCAGCACACGCACCAGCACACCUUCACGCCGUUCCCCCACGCCAUCCCCCCCACCGCCAUCAUGCCGACGCCAGCACCUCCCAUGGUGCGUACCCCAGGCAGAAAUUUUGACAAAUACCCUACAAAAGUUGACCCAUUCUACCGGCACAGUCUCUUCCAUUCCUACCCUCCUGCAGUAUCGGGCAUCCCCCCUAUGAUUCCACCCACUGGUCCUUUUGGUUCACUACAAGGAGCAUUUCAGCCGAAGACCUCCAACCCUAUCGAUGUUGCUGCUCGACCCGGGACCGUCCCGCACACUCUGCUCCAGAAGGACCCGAGGUUGACAGAUCCUUUCAGACCUAUGUUAAGGAAACCAGGGAAGUGGUGUGCUAUGCAUGUUCACAUCGCCUGGCAAAUCUACCACCACCAACAGAAAGUCAAGAAACAGAUGCAGUCAGACCCACAUAAGCUGGACUUCGGAUUGAAACCCGAGUUCCUGAGCCGCCCCCCAGGCCCCAGCCUCUUCGGAGCCAUCCAUCACCCCCAUGACCUGGCCCGGCCUUCAACUUUGUUCUCUGCCGCUGGUGCUGCACACCCAACCGGGACCCCUUUUGGGCCACCGCCUCAUCACAGCAACUUCCUUAACCCUGCCGCUCACCUGGAGCCUUUUAACCGUCCGUCUACGUUCACUGGCCUCGCAGCGGUUGGUGGCAAUGCCUUCGGGGGACUUGGAAAUCCUUCAGUUACACCCAACUCAAUGUUCGGCCACAAGGAUGGCCCCAGUGUGCAGAACUUUAGCAGCCCUCACGAGCCCUGGAACCGGCUGCACCGAACGCCUCCGUCGUUCCCGACCCCUCCGCCCUGGCUGAAGCCAGGCGAGCUGGAGCGUAGCGCGUCCGCUGCAGCUCAUGACAGAGAUAGAGACGUAGAUAAACGAGACUCAUCUGUUAGUAAAGAUGACAAAGAAAGGGAAAGCGUUGAGAAAAGACACUCCAGCCACCCUUCACCAGCACCUAUCCUCCCAGUGAGCACCCUGGGACAUAACCGUAGCUCCGCUGAACAGAUCAGGGGUCAUAUGAACACUGAGGCUCGCGAGAAAGACAAAUCCAAAGAGAGGGAGAGAGACCACUCGGAAUCCCGCAAGGACCUGACCGCCGACGAGCACAAGGCGAAGGAGGGCCACCUGCCGGAGAAGGACGGCCACGGCCACGAGGGGCGAGCCACGGGCGAAGAGGCCAAGCAGCUGGCCCGGGUGCCGUCACCCUACGUGCGGACCCCCGUGGUGGAGAGCGCCAGGCCCAACAGCACCUCGAGCCGCGAGGCCGAGCAGCGCAAGAGCGAGCCGGCCUACGAGAACCCCAAGAAGAGCUCGGAGGUCAAGGUGAAGGAGGAGCGCAAGGAAGACCACGACCUGCCUCCGGAGGCCCCGCAGACCCACCGGUCUUCGGAGCCACCUCCUCCAAACUCCUCGUCCAGCGUGCACCCGGGGCCCCUGGCCUCGAUGCCCAUGACGGUGGGGGUGACGGGCAUUCACCCCAUGAACAGCAUCAGCAGCCUGGACAGGACUCGCAUGAUGACCCCGUUCAUGGGCAUCAGCCCCAUCCCGGGCGGAGAGCGGUUCCCGUACCCUUCUUUCCACUGGGACCCCAUACGGGACCCUCUGAGGGAUCCCUACCGAGAACUUGACAUUCACCGGAGAGACCCGCUGGGCAGGGACUUCCUGCUAAGGAACGACCCUCUGCACCGUCUCUCGACGCCGCGGCUCUACGAAGCCGAUCGCUCCUUCAGGGACAGGGAGCCUCACGAUUACAACCACCACCACCACCACCACCACCACCCUCUGUCUGUGGACCCUCGGCGGGAGCACGAGCGCGGGGCUCACCUGGAAGAGCGGGAGCGCUUGCACAUGCUCAGAGAAGACUACGAACACACACGGCUCCACCCCGUGCACCCCGCCUCCCUGGACGGACACCUGCCGCACCCCAGCCUCCUCACCCCGGGGCUCCCCAGCAUGCACUACCCCAGGAUCAGCCCCACCGCGGGGCACCAGAACGGACUGCUCAACAAGACCCCCCCGACGGCGGCGCUGAGCGCGCCCCCCCCGCUCAUUUCCACGCUGGGGGGCCGCCCGGUCUCCCCCAGAAGGACUACCCCUCUGUCUGCAGAGAUGAGGGAGAGGCCUCCUUCCCACACCCUGAAGGAUAUCGAAGCUCGGUAAGGAGGGCAGGACGCGAGGGAGGAAAGAGAAGCCCUUGCACACCAACAGGGCGCCAGACCGGAGACGGGGAGCCAGCGCGGGCCCACCAGACUGGGGUGGGGGGGGGCCGCACGCCCCGCCUCCUCCCCUUGUAAAAAAUGUAUAGGCUCCAGUGCAGAUUUUGAAAUGGUUUUUUUUUUUUGUAUAUCAUAUGUUGAAAUUUUUCAGAUCUUUCAGCCAAGUCCUAUGUUCUCAUGUCUCUAACUCUUUUGGUUUCUUGCAUAAGACUUUUUGAUUUGAACCAAAACAGUGAAGACGACAGACACACAGCGACGCGGUGGUGACUGGGGGAGAGGCAAACAGCGGUCCACGCAGCCCAUCGUGCGAAGCUCCUUCAGAUGAGAAAGGAAGGCCGUGUACAUAGCUAUGUAAAAACACACACACAGAAAAAACAAAAAACGAAACACAAAAACACAUUGCUUCGUGAGCUAAUGGUUCAUAUAUGCAAAGGGUAAGAUAAAAGCUUUACUUUGUACAAAUGUAAAUAGAUCAAGAGUAAGUAACAUAAUACAUUAAUACUUCUUAAAAUGUGCUAUUUGCAAACUUAAUAUCAGCGAGUGCAGUCGGCUACGGCUGCGUUCCCAUAUAUUGUUAUAGACAGCUAAACCCUUCAACUAUGCAAUGAAUGUUAGGGCUUUUCACAAAAGCCCUCCUAACUCAAAGGAGCCUUUUCAGAUCCAUUUACAACAUACUUAAGGUCAUAUUUUCCCUGAACAAGCGCUUACGUGAUAGGACUCUGUUUUCCUUGCUUGUUUUUUUUCCCAAACGGAGAAACAUCCUAUUUUGCAAAUCGGACCCGGGCUGAAACUUGGCUCGCGAAGUUAAACUGCUCGCGGGCCGUGGGGGGGUGGGGGUGGGGGGUGGGGGUGGGGUGGAGCACAGCCCCCGGGAAAGAGAGCCGAGGGCCUGAACACCCAGUGCCAGGGAGGAUGGGAGCUGUCAGACGCCAAAAUCAGGGGACACAGACAGGUCGCCACCAUCAGUCACGUGACUUCACACACACCUCAUGUGGGAACCAUGCGUGUUUUAGUGUGUCCUGUUUCCUGUCUGUACACGCCUCCUCGGUUUGUAAUGAGAUUCGAUUACAUCCAAACACAUCCUGAAAGAAAGCUUCACGUUUUCUCAGAUGAUGGAUAUGUUUUCACUGUUUUCAAUAACUGAUGGGUUUAAGGUGCACGUUUCCUAAUGUGACUCGCUGUGUUCCAGUUGGUAAUAAAGUCUGGGAAAUAGCCGGCAGGUCGACCUUGGGGAGCCAUGGAGAAUUACAGAGGGUGAGCAGUGGCAGAGACAAAGUUCUGUGUGUGCGUGUGUUUUUAAUUUUGCACCAACCUUAAUGUGUCUUCAUACUUUUAUAAUACAUUAAGCCUCUUGUCUACAUAUUUGGAGAGAAUAUGACUUUACUAGCAGAGAAAUACAAUAUAUCUUGUCUACUGGACUGUAAAAUAUAUGUAUGAAAUAAAAUUAGUUCCAUUGGGUCCUUCUAGUAUAUUAAAGUGCUAUCUGAUGUUGUUAUCCUGUUUUUGCAAAAAAGAAAAAAAAAGUUAACUACAGACCAUUGUUUCUAAUAAGCAGAGAGAUCUAUUUUAGUAGUAAACUGAAGGUUUAGUUGUGAGCUUCAGAUUUUGUGAACUCCAGAUGUUGUGUAGUGUUUUUUUUUUUUUUUAAAGACAACAACUAAAAAGAAAAAAAAAAAACCCCAAGGAAUAUAUACACUGGAACUAUAGUGGUAGCUCUCGGUAUUGUAAAGAGAUUGUUCUAUACAGACCUUUUUGCUGUUUACCCUGUAUGUAAUAAAGUCCUUUCUAGACCCUCUGUGAAAAGACGCGUGAAAACCGACUGAGUUUUCAGCAUGUUCUCAUCGGCGGAGCCUUCUUGUGUAAUGUAAACUGUGCCAUGUUAUUAAAAAAUGUGAACCAA